AUGGCAGCGCUUCAAGAAUUUCUCGGCGAUUUAUCUUUGAAAACUAGUGAUGAAAUAGCAGACGUUGAUACAGCAUUAGAACAACUGUUAAACAAAGUGCAACAGAUUUGGAGCAAUAAUGAUAAUCAUCAAGACGUUGUUACUCAAGCCGUAUCAUUAUUUAAUCAGUCGAUUGACAUCGUCGACAAAAUAACUUUUACUAAUAGCAAGGAUUUACAAACUCUUGUCACAUUACUUGAACGUAUUGAAGCAGCAUUUAGAAAAAUCAUUUACAUGGAUGAUGAACUGAUUCUCCUACGCAAAAUUUUCUUUGCACUAUUCGACUUACUCUCAAAACCACAAUUUUGUGCAUAUUUGAAAGAUGAUCAACAUACAAAAACAUCACACAAAGAAGCCUAUAGAUAUAUAAUCGCUGUACUUAUAAAUUUACUUCGUCUUAGGCUUGCAGAUACUCCAAUGGUGGUUGCAGAUAGUACUAUACGUAGAUACACUGAUAUAUUAAGCGCCAUGUAUAAACGAGUACAAAUUAAUAUAAACCCCAAUACUUACGAUAAGCAUACAGUAGAUAAAAUCGUAUCAUUCUUGUUCAAAGCUAUACUAGAAUGUUUGACAUUAAUAGAUAUAAAUUCAAAAGGAACAACUCUAUCAUUUAUUGGCAUUAUUCAUAAUAUAUCUCGACAUGAUAAUGGAGCGGCUGAAAUCAACAGUUUGGAUGGUCUUGCGAUUCUCAAGAAUUUUCAAAACAAUAAUAGUCAUACAUUGAAUGAUACUAAUAAUCUUCUCAUAUCCAUGGCGAUUGCUCUACUUUCUACACCGAAACAAAUUCGCUCAGAUAACAAACGAAUGAAUAGAAUUCUUAAUCGAUUAUUGCAAAUUACUAUGGAAGCGUCCGAGACAGAAAAUCAUCGAAAUAGAGUUGGCUUCCAUAUAUCUGAACCAUUAGGUGUACUAGCCAAAUUGUUAGUAGACGAUCACUCGCUUGAGUAUGUUCUCAGUCACGCUGAAACUGAUCCACAACUUGAUGUAACAUCGACUAUUGACUUGUUCGUUAAAUUGUUCAUCGAAUUUCGAGAUCAUUAUAAAACAAAGCUUCAGCAAAAUGAAGAGUUUUUCAAAACUGUUAAGAGUUUAGCGAUGGAUAGUAGUGAAACAGUGACCGUCGAUGACUAUGUGCCACGUUCGAUGGAAAGCAUGAGAAAAGCUGCUAAUGGUAUUCUCUACAACCUUAGUGAAACAUUAAAUGAUAAAAAAGUUGAUAUUACAAAUAAACAAUCAGUGUUUAAUACUGGAAGUGAAAAACCAAUGAUCAUGAUUAGCUAUGCUCAUGCUAAUGAUCAAUUUUGUGAUAAGAUUCUUGCUGAAUUGGCGAGAAAAGAAAAUCUUUUUAGCAUUUGGAUCGAUCGAGAUCAUCUUUCGUCGAAUGAAGAUUUAUGGGAAAAAAUUGCUCAUGGUAUAAAACAAUCAUACGUGGUCUUAUGUCUUCUCUCACAAGAUUAUUUCAACAGUAAAUCAUGCCGUAAAGAAGCUUCGUUUGCAGUCAAGCGGAAAAAAGAAAUUAUUCCUGUCUAUAUUGGUGAACCAGGUGAUUGUGAUUGGCUUGACAUUCAUAUUGCUGAAUUGAAAUAUGUUCGUUUCAAAAGCAACACUAAAAACCUUGACGACGAAAAAGUUCAAGAACUAUUGAAAACGAUUGAAGCUACCAUUAAAAUAGUGCGAAUGCAAGCAAUACCAGAACCAACGGAACAACAUAGUAUACCGACGCGAAUUCGAAAAGAAAUCGAAACAGUCCAAUCGACUACAUUCAAUGUAAAUAAGCCGCUUGAACAGUGGACAAUCGAUGAUAUUCAUUCAUGGUUUAGUAGUUACAAAGUUCCAGAUAAUCUUGUAAAACUAUUUGAUUUUCAAUCAGUUCAUGAAAUGCACGAAUAUGCUGUGAAACUAGAAACUGAUCCGAAAAAAAAAUUUAUCAAAUAUGAAAAACGAUAA